UAGUUUCUGGGCUUGCUAAAGCAUCUCUUGUCCCCAUGAAUGCCAGUCCCCGCAUGCUUGUGUGUGCAGUAAAGGGUUAAAAAGCUUUGGAAAGACAACACGCAUGUGUUAAUUCGUGCUGCAGCAGCGUGCAUCACUUCCACUUUGACCUCAUAGUUAAUCGGCGUGAUAGUUAAUCACGCAGAGUCUUUAAUGAUUUUUUCCUGCUUAUUUUAAAUACGCGCACACGCACAGGGAACUGCCCCCUCUAAAAGGAAAAACAAUCAUAACAAACAGCUAGAUAAACCCAAAGCGAUGGACCUGGGGGAGAACGUGUAUGUGUGAGGGGUAUGAGUAUACAGGAGUGUGCGCGUCUUUCCCUCUCCCUUAUUUGUCUCCGUGUGAGUCUCUCCCUGUACCCUCCCCCUGCCUCGAUGAUAUUACUCCCCCAGACUUGGAAGCCGCUGCCAGAGUGACGCUUUGAUGGCAUCUGCAAGCGUUUGUGCUGAUCUUAUCUCUGCCCCCUGAAUAUUAAUUCCCAAAGCUGGUAGCAAUCCAUCUCCCCAGUGACGGGACCUACUAGAAGCAGAUGGGGGGAGCCACCAUCAGAUCAUAAGCAUAAGAAUAAUACAAAGGGGAGGGAUUCUUCUGCAACCAAGAGGCAAGAGGCGAGAGGAGAAAAAAAAAAAAGCGAUGAGUUCGCCAAAUAUAUGGAGCACAGGAAGCUCAGUCUACUCGACUCCUGUAUUUUCACAGAAAAUGACGGUGUGGAUUCUGCUCCUGCUGUCGCUAUAUCCUGGCUUCACUAGCCAGAAAUCUGAUGAUGACUACGAAGAUUAUGCUUCUAACAAAACAUGGGUGUUGACUCCAAAAGUUCCUGAGGGUGAUGUCACUGUCAUCUUAAACAACCUGCUGGAAGGAUAUGACAAUAAACUUCGGCCUGAUAUAGGAGUGAAACCAACAUUAAUUCACACAGACAUGUAUGUGAAUAGCAUUGGUCCAGUGAAUGCUAUCAAUAUGGAAUACACUAUUGAUAUAUUUUUUGCACAAACGUGGUAUGACAGACGUUUGAAAUUUAACAGCACCAUUAAAGUUCUCCGAUUGAACAGCAACAUGGUAGGGAAAAUCUGGAUUCCAGACACUUUCUUCAGAAACUCCAAAAAGGCUGAUGCCCACUGGAUCACCACCCCCAACAGGAUGCUGAGAAUUUGGAAUGAUGGUCGAGUGCUCUACACCCUAAGGUUGACAAUUGAUGCUGAGUGCCAAUUACAAUUGCACAACUUUCCAAUGGAUGAACACUCCUGCCCCUUGGAGUUCUCCAGUUAUGGCUAUCCACGAGAAGAAAUUGUUUAUCAAUGGAAGCGAAGUUCUGUUGAAGUAGGUGACACAAGAUCCUGGAGGCUUUAUCAAUUUUCUUUUGUUGGUCUAAGAAAUACGACUGAAGUAGUGAAGACAACUUCUGGAGAUUAUGUGGUCAUGUGUGUCUACUUUGAUCUGAGCAGAAGAAUGGGAUACUUUACCAUCCAGACCUAUAUCCCCUGCACACUCAUUGUCGUCCUAUCCUGGGUGUCUUUCUGGAUCAAUAAAGAUGCUGUUCCAGCCAGAACAUCUUUAGGUAUCACCACUGUCCUGACAAUGACCACCCUCAGCACCAUUGCCCGGAAAUCACUCCCCAAAGUCUCCUAUGUCACAGCGAUGGAUCUCUUUGUAUCUGUUUGUUUCAUCUUUGUCUUCUCUGCUUUGGUGGAGUAUGGCACCUUGCAUUAUUUUGUCAGCAACCGGAAACCAAGCAAGGAUAAAGAUAAAAAGAAGAAAAAUCCUCUUCUUCGGAUGUUUUCCUUCAAGGCCCCUACCAUUGAUAUCCGCCCAAGGUCAGCAACAAUUCAAAUGAACAAUGCUACACACCUUCAAGAGAGAGAUGAAGAGUAUGGCUAUGAGUGUCUGGAUGGCAAGGACUGUGCCAGUUUUUUCUGCUGUUUCGAAGAUUGUCGAACAGGAGCUUGGAGACAUGGGAGGAUACAUAUUCGCAUUGCCAAAAUGGACUCCUAUGCUCGGAUCUUCUUCCCCACUGCCUUCUGCCUGUUUAAUCUGGUUUAUUGGGUCUCCUACCUCUACCUGUGAAGAGGUAUGGGUUUUAUUGAUAUGGGUCUUAUUCACUGAGUCUCAUGGAGAGAUGUCUGUUCUAAGUCCACUUAAAUAAUCCUCUAUGUGGUUGAUAAUGAUCUGAAUUUGUUUCUAUGUCCAAACCUGGUAAAUUUUAUAAUGUCAUAUUGUUUGUGCCCAACCCUCCUUUGGUUCAUGUACUUUGAACUUCGAUGUUUGCUGCGUUUCAAACCUGCAAGGCAAAGUAAAAUUACAGCAAGAACAUUCAAACCAAAUAAGAUAUUUUUCAGCUACAGCAACUGAAACAGUGAAAGCCCUGACUAUUUACAGUGGUGGUAUCCUUACUAGACAAGUAAUGCAAUUAGAUAGAAAAGGUCCAAAACUGUACCCUGUGUUCAUUUAGGGUCAAGUUGUCAUACAUUUGAUCCCAAGAGAAUACCUCCCUCAUUUGAGAAAAAUCACAACUCACUCUAAAUAUGAAAGACUAGUCCAGAGAUCUAUUAUGCCUUUAUCUCAAGAGAGACAGAAAAUUUACUCCACAUUCAUGUACAAUGAUGUAAAUAUUUCAAUAACCUAGAAUGCUUCAAGUUUAGUGCAUGCAUCUUUAGAUCCCAAAUAAAUGGAUUGAAGUUAUCAUCCUAUUGUCUUUUAUUUUGUGUCCUUGGGCUAUAAAAGAAUCCUGAAUGCAAUUAUAAGGAUUUGGGUUUGGAAAUGGAGGGAGGAAUUUCCAUUGCCUUCUCCCUCAUGCAUGAAGAUUCGAACAGCUUAUUUUUUUCCUUGUAUGACAUAUUACAACACUUUAAGUAAAAUAUAGAUGGAAUAAUCAACAUUUGCCACCUCUAAAUAUGCCCAAUUUCAUAACUAGAGUAUAAGUAAUUGUAUGUGCUUGCCGCUAUUUUUUUCUUUUUUUUAGGAUGAUAGAUCAUAACAGAACUUAUUCUCCAUCUCAAGAUCUGCUUCUAGUGAUUGUGAGUGCCUUGUGGGCAGAAUCCUUGUCAUUUCCUCUUUGGGUCCAUAGCACCUUGCAUAGUGCCUGGCACAUAGUUGGUGCUCAAUAAAUAUGGUUUGAAGUGAAUUGCCCUCACAUGCUUCUGACAAAUCUCUGUGCUGGCCUGAAACCAGUGAUUCAUCUUUUCUCAUAGGUGUUGUCAAGUGAUAUUUGAUUUUGUAAAAAUAACCAGAAAGAUCCAAAGAACUUUAGCUAUUUAUGUUCAUCUUCAAAAAUUUAUUUGAGGCAAAGUCCAUACUCUUUUAAAAACAAUAUUUAUGUCCUAUGUUUAUGUAUAGAAAUGACUCUACUAGGGCAUAAUUAGAGUUUGUGUAUUAUUUUUCCAGGUUUGGGGAUGAGUCAGUCCUUACCCAUCCACAAUUUUGUUUGUGAACUUAAAACAGGAAUAAGCAAAAUUCAUACCCGACUAGUGUUCAGAAUGUAGUAUUCUGUGCUCUGUGAAGAAAAAUAAGUACCGAAGAUUAGCUUUUAAAAACUGAAAAAAAAAUGAAUGACUUGCCUAGGCAUAGGUUGCGCCUAUGAUUGUGGUCUCAUUAGAUUAUAUUGUAAUCAAAUAAAGCAGUUUCUCCAGACUUAAAACAUGGUGAGUUGAGCUCUAUCUUCAUGUACUCAUUCUGAAUUUGAAUCCUUAUUUUUCUAAAAUAGCAGCCUUUGUUAAUUAUUUUUAUGGAAAUUAUUGCUCUCUGUUAUAAUUAAAUUAUAGCGAGUGUAACUUUACAGAUAACCUGAAAAGAGUAAAAAGAAAGAGAGAGCAGCUUUGUCAAUAUAAAACCACGUAAAGUCAUCAUCAAGUCAUCUGGAUGAAUCUUGAAACACAUUUAGCUGCCAGUUUUACAAACCUUUAAUAUAUCAGUGCUCCAGUAUAUAACCUCAAACAAAUGUAAAUAGAACGAAUUAUUUUCUUGUUUUGAAUUGUCAAUAUAUAAAAUGUUGACUCUUUGAGAGAGUUGUUGGCAAGUUUCAAUGGUGAGAAACAUGUUAUUGUCAACUUGAAAUGUGGUCCGUCAUGGGGACACUAAAAAAAGCUAGCUUUUCAAUGUGUGCAUAGUAUUGGCAAUAUGAAUAUAUAUUAUAUAUAAUCUAAGGCCUAUUAUAAGCUGCUCCCUGUCUAUGUAUUUGGAAACCUUUUCACAAAGGGAAUUGCCUAACAUGUGGACUUUUACAAUAAAAAUGCUGCAUUCUAAUCCA